AUGUCACUAGUAGCUUCAAAUUAUGCCGAUGUUGAGCUGGCGCCAUUAAACAAUACUGUUAUAUUCCACAUUUUGCGGGUGGAAAGCAUUAGCAAAUCAAAGUUGAACCAAUUAGAUGAAUGGAAAGAGCUUGUAGAUCCAAAUAACGCCUCAGUAGAUCGAAUAAAGAAAAAUCGAAUGAUUAGAGAGGUAAAUAUGGAUGUGGAACUCAAUACAGCAUCUCCGACUAGCUCAACAACAGUGUAUAAGCUUCUACUAAGAGACGGCUCCGGCAAUUUUGUAUACGCAUAUGAACAAGAGCCGUUGCGAUUUCUCAGAAGCGAAAACACUGGUACCCCAAUGCCGAUAAAGUUGGGUGGUCGACUUGUAGUGAAAAAAGGUGCACAGAUACUGAGAGGAGUGCUUCUAUUAAAUCAUAAAAAUUGCGAAUAUAAAGAAACGCAUACAGCGGAUGCAGCAUUAGUGACAACGCUAAAUGAAGGAGUUGCGGCGCGUGAAAUGGAAAUUUUAUCCAAUCAGUUGUUGUUGUAG